AUGGCUUCUCUACAAGAUUCACUACAUGACUCUUUGAGUAACCUCCCGUUUCCUGCUGGGAGAAAGCAAACGGCGGGUCUAGUAGAUGGAGUCAAAACGGAUGUUAUGAUUAUGAACUUCAGCGAUAAGAUCAUGGUGACGAUCUCUCAAGAAGGCCGACUUGCGCAUUGGCUACAUGUUCCACUUGGAAACAACAACCCAGGAACUGACGGCAUGCAUACAUUAUCCGAAGACACAGAUGACAGCUUGUUACCCCUCAGUGGGUUAACAGCAACUUCUUUACUCGGAGGCCAUGCACCUGGUCAAGAUACUAUUGGACAACUCUUAGCUCGUCAAAUUGCGACUGCUAUUGCAACAAAGGCACCCGCCGAGAAACGACUGCUCGUUGUGGGCCUUGGACUGGGCAAAAUUGGUGCUGAUCGCGAAUCCUUCUUUUCAAUUGUCGACCUUGUCCUGCAAUGCAUUUAA